AUGCAGAGACCACCAUUUAUCAUUCUCACUCUCACUGCUACAUUCUCCCUUCCCUUGUUUGAAACGGAUCCUGUGCUUGUUUUUUCUGAUGAACUAACUGCAGAUGAAGUAGCCGCACUUGAGUCUUCAGGGCUAGAAAGGAGCGCCAAUGAAGACAACAUGAAAGAGAUCAUCGCAGAAGCUGUGUCUAACAAAAUUUGCAAGCCUUUUGGUGUUUGCUUCGGAAACGACGACUGUAAUGGUGGAAAGUGCGUUGGUGCAUUUGUAGGGAAAUGCAAUUGUAACGCAUGCUUGGAUUUCUGGUUAUGUGAAACUGAUGCUGCAUGCGGUGGUUUGAUAGGUGCGUGCAACAAAACCACGAAGACUUGCGACUGUCAAGCGGGAUUUAAAGCUGCAGGAUAUCCGUUCUUCGUAGAUGCGCUCCGCGGACUGUGCAACCGGAAGAGUUGCAACAAGAAGAAUGCUGUCGCGAAAUGCUUUGGACUGCCGUGUCACUUCGGGAGAUGCUCUUGCUGA